UUUAACCAGUGACCUACUAACACAGAUCCAUGAGGAAGGAGUCACUCGCAGAUAAAAAAGCCAGAAAGGAUGAGAGGAACGUGAUCUACAACUUGUGGGAUUUUUUUUUUCCUCCACCAAACGCGAGAGGAUUUCUUUCUUGAUGGACCGCGGGGCAACAGGAGAAAAUCUUCAAGCCGGGUCCCAUAAAGAUUUCAUGAACUCAAGUGGAGUAUUCCCAUGUGGAAGUCACUGCUGGACAAAACAAACCAUUCACAGCCAUUGCCACUCUUGGGCUUUGAAUAAAGAGAUUUCUAUAUAACAUGACCAAGGACCUAUGAACAUACUGACAGUAGUGAAUAGCGAUAAUAUGCAAACAAUCAAGAGAGAGCCAGGCUCUAGUGGGUCAUAUCCUGGAGAAGAUGCCCUGGUUCUGGCUGUGGCUUUACAGGGGGCCAACAGAGACCCAGUGGGUCACAAAAUCACUGGCAUACCAUUCAAGGCUAAAACCACCUGUCGCCGGAAAAGGGAGUUCAUCCCAGACGAAAAGAAAGACAACCUUUACUGGGAGAGGCGGCGCAAAAACAACGAGGCGGCCAAGCGGUCCCGGGAGAAGCGUCGCAUCAAUGAUAUGGUGCUUGAGAAUAAGCUGAUGGCCCUUGGGGAGGAAAAUGCGUCCCUCAAGGCUGAGCUCCUGUCACUGAAGCUUAAAUUUGGCCUGGUGAGCUCAGCAGCCUAUGCUCAAGAAAUCCAGAAAAUCUCCAGCUGCACAGCCUCCCUGUACCAUGAUUUUGUCACACCCGGUGCUGGCCAGGGCUCCUACAGCAGGGAGCUAGAGUCUCUUCAGCUGGGUAGCAGCUGCAUAUCAGUCAUCAAGCACUCACCUCACAGCACACAGUCUGAUAUGUCUGAGACAUCCACAGCAACUCAGGGCAGCUUGAGCAGCAUCUGCAGGUCCUCCGAGGCCAUCAAGCAAGAGCCAACAGAGAAUGGCAGCUACACACAGGACAGGAGCAGCCCUUAUGAACUGUAUAGGAAUUACAUGGCCAGCCCGCUGCCUGGAUUGUAUUCCCAACCUGCUGCUUUCCUGCAGAUCACCAGGUCGUCCAGCAACUCUCCCAGGAGCUCAGAUGACGGGGCCGUGAGCAAGUCUUCGGACGGCGAGGACGAGCAGCAGGUACCUAAAGGCUUGAUGCCGCCUUCAGCCGACCCGAGGAGCGUCAUCGUCUCCACACUCAGAGUGCCAGACACCAGCUCUUCGGCUUUGCCCCAUAAAUUGCGGAUCAAAAGCAGAGCCAUCCAAAUCAAAGUGGAGGCCAUCGACCCGGAAUACGAGUCUUCUGGACAUCCGCCCUCUGACAUCUCAGAGGGAGCGUGCUACCAGGCAGCUCAGGACCCCUCGUCAGAGUACGUUGAAUCUUCCCUCAGCCCUUUAUCAGUGAAAGUAACCAGUGUACAGGACUGGACACACCAGUCUGAGCGGUGGCACAAAAGCAGCAUAGAAACACUGCAGGAUGGCUGCAAGAGUAGCAGGCUCACACCAAGCCCCGUCUCCAGCAAACUGAUUGUGGAUGUCAAUGCCCACUCAGACUUUGAGAACUUGUAUGUGAAACAGGGCCUCACUGACCUGUCUGCGAAAGUGGCCUCCCUGAAAAGACUGAUCACGACACGGCAAGGGUCUGUGAUAGAGUCAACCAAAAGCACUACAUAUCAUCAGGAGUCAUUAUCAAAAGGAAGUUCCUCUAAAUGAGCUCUGUAUGUUUGCACAUCUUUUUCCACUGUGUUUACUGUUGCACUGUGCAGUUGAUAUGAUGUAAAAUAAUGCAGUUCAUUUAAAAUGAAUAGUGUGCGUGUGUGUGUGCGCGCGCGUGUGUGUGUUGUGCAUUUUGCUGUUGUAGUUUGGCAUAUCGUCCUGAUGAUAUCUCCAUUUGCCCAGCAGCCCAAAGUUCAGCUACCUGUACAUGAAAGUUAAAUGUGGAAACUUUUUUCUCAAGGUUUGUUGUAAUGGUGAGGUUUUGUUUACAAUAAAUGUGUCAGCACUGAACCAUG